AUGUCCCAGCUCUUUUUCUUCAAGCGGCAAUGGCACAAGCUUCAGGAGCAGGCGGCAGCACUGAGCCAUCUGGCGCGCCAGGCCGUCAAGAUAGACAAAUACACGCCUGAAGCUUGCAUCAUCAUCGGAAACUAUUACAGCCUGAAGGGUGAGCAUGAGAAGGCCGUGAUCUACUUUCGGCGAGCUCUUGCGCUCAAUCGCCAUUUCACUCCAGCUUGGAUUCUGAUGGGUCAUGAGUUCAUGGAGAUGAAGAACACUGCCGCCGCAAUUGAUGCUUACCGGACAGCCGUGACCAUCAACCGGCGGGACUACAGAGCUUGGUAUGGGUUGGGGCAGACCUACGAGCUGUUGAGCCUUCACUUCUACGCUCUUUUCUACUACCGACAAGCGAUGUCCCUCCGGCCAGAUGAUGCACGAAUGUGGUGCGCCAUGGCGCAGUGUUAUGACCACAUGGACAGAAAGGUGGAGGCACUGAAGUGCUACGAGAAGGCACACCGCUGUGGAGACAUGGAGCGGAUGGCCCUGCCCCGCCUCGCACGACUGCAUCGCGACCAUGGAGAUCACAGGCAAGCUGCCGCCUACUACGGCCAGAUGCUGGAGCAGAGCGGACAUUCCAGGAUAGUAAGCAGCGCUUCAGGUGUGCGCCCCGACCCGUCUGGCUUGGAGAGCAUCGCCUCGGUGCGGCGGCCCCUUGCGGGCGCCCUGCAAGGGGGGCUGGCAAGCGAGAGUGUGGAAGCGCUGCGCUUUCUGAUGAAUUUCUUUGCAGAGGAGGGCCGUUUGGCAGAGGCAGAGGCCUGUGCAACGCAGCUUCUCGACACUACGGGCUCUGAGAAGGACGAAGCAAAGGCGCUGCUUCGGAAUCUGAUUUGCACUUACCGGCCAGAUGCAGAGGUUGUCCAGCUUGGCAGGGAUGGCGAAAGCGUGGCCCUGCAACAGGCCACAAGGUUGGCGAGUGCCAAUGUUGAGGCAGACGAAGAUGGCUGGACAAACGACAUUAGGGAUUUCCAAAAGGCUUGUAUCGACAUGAGCGAUGCCGUCGGCGGGAACAAGUGGCCUGAGAUACGUUGCAUGACUGCUCGGCUGUUACUGUGCCGUCGCAAUUUGGCCAUGCUGCGCUGCAUCUGGCUUGGCGCUCUUUGUGUCAGAGGCCUUCUCGUCCACGCAGAGGAGACGUGCGCACAGAAUCAGAACGACCAAGACGAGGCGACCGAGGCAGCAACUUUGGCGGAUGGCACCCAGGACUGCGGAUGCAGCUCCCUCAGCCGUGGUGCCUCAACAAAAGGCGAGCGCAGUGAGCCUGUGAGGUUCGAUGGCCUGUCGGACUCGGCGAAGAGGCACAACGAAGACAUGGUGAGCAUUCCUGCGGGUCGCUUUCAUAUGGGCGAGCGGAAGGACAGAGUGCACUUCCCGCAGGACGGUGAAGGCCCUGUGCGGCCAGUGCAAAUGUCCGGCUUCUGGAUGGAUCGCUUCGAAGUGAGCAACGAGAAAUGGCAGGAUUUUGCGAGAGAAACGGGUUACCUCACGGACGCCGAGCGUUUGGGCGACUCGUUUGUAGCAGAGACCUACCUUUCAGAAGCCGUCAACAAGACCAUACACAAAAAAGUAGACGCAGUGCCUUGGUGGCUGCCCGUUCCAAAUGCUUCGUGGCACAAGCCGGAGGGCAUUGACAGCUCGCUGAGCGGAGUGGGCAGCAGAUAUGGAGAUCGCUGGAACCAUCCAGUUGUACAUAUCUCGUGGAACGAUGCGGAGGCAUAUUGUAGAUGGAGAAAUGCUUCCCUGCCUACGGAGGCACAGUGGGAAUAUGCAGCAAGAGGCGGCCUUGAGGGCAAGCUGUACCCUUGGGGCGACACAACGUUUGGGAACGAAACAGAGGGGAUGCCGCGACGGCACCGGAUGAACAUCUGGCAAGGCACGUUCCCGAAAGAGAACACGGCCAAAGACGGAUACCCGAAGACUGCACCGGUGGAUGCCUACGGUCCGCAGAAUGAUUGGGGCUUAUACAAUAUGGUGGGCAAUGUAUGGGAGUGGACCGGCGAUUGGUACAGCCCUGUUCAUUUCCUGACCGACAAGAACAAGGAUACGGGUUUAGUGGACCCAAGAGGACCGGAAAUCGAGGAACUAGAUGAGAUAGUUGAGAUGGGCUAUCUGAAAAAGGACUCUUCCGGACAAUAUGAGAAAAUCAAGAAAGGCGGCUCUUUCAUGUGCCACAAGUCCUAUUGCUACUCGGCUACCGCUAUAGAAUCUGUGCCCGCAGCCACCUUACAGCCGAUGGUUCCGCCCAUCACACCGGCAGCUUGGAGUGCGCUGUGCCAGAGAGCUGCAACAAACGAAGACAUGACGAAUGGCUUGAAAGCCACCGUGUUGGAUUAUGCAAUGUCCGGCUUUAAGAAGGCCAAGGAGGCUCUCAACGGCAUCAUGGGAAAGAUUAAUGUUCGAGCAGAAGGCCCAGCUCCUUUCGUGCUGAUAGAUGAUGCGUACGAAGACAGAGCUUCCGCCUACUUGCAGAAGAAGAAG